GUCUAGGUGUUCAUAGAGGUCUAGGUGUUCAUAGAGGUCUAGGUGUUCAUUGAGGUCUAGGUGUUCAUUGAGGUCUAGGUGUUCAUAGAGGUCUAGGUGUUCAUUGAGGUCUAGGUGUUCAUUGAGGUCUAGGUGUUCAUAGAGGUCUAGGUGUUCAUUGAGGUCUAGGUGUUCAUAGAGGUCUAGGUGUUCAUAGAGGUCUAGGUGUUCAUAGAGGUCUAGGUGUUCAUUGAGGUCUAGGUGUUCAUUGAGGUCUAGGUGUUCAUUGAGGUCUAGGUGUUCAUUGAGGUCUAGGUGUUCAUUGAGGUCUAGGUGUUCAUAGAGGUCUAGGUGUUCAUAGAGGUCUAGGUGUUCAUAGAGGUCUAGGUGUUCAUAGAGGUCUAGGUGUUCAUUGAGGUCUAGGUGUUCAUUGAGGUCUAGGUGUUCAUAGAGGUCUAGGUGUUCAUAGAGGUCUAGAUGUUCAUAGAGGUCUAGAUGUUCAUUGAGGUCUAGAUGUUUGUGUUUUAGAGCUACAAGCUGCUUCAUGUUGAUUUGUGUUUCAUUUUACUGAAAGUUCCUGAACAUAAACUGAUGAUAAUUCAACACAAAUCUCAAUAAAUCUGAUGUUCUUGAAGCACACCAGGAUCAGUGGAACAGGAGAUCAAAGCUCCACUGAAAGACUCAUCGUUCCUCAAAGGAUUCACAUUUCAUUUGUCUGCAGAAAAGAAAGUCUCUGUUGAUUUAAUUUCUGCUCCUCCUAGUUGGAGUGAGAUGGAGACAGAACGUGAACAUUUGGACCAGCAGAGAUCAGAUGGAGAACAUCACUCGCUGUCAUUCAGGUUUUACUCUUUUUUCCAUCUUCACAGUCCAGAAAUGAAACCGUGUCCUCGGCUGGAUCCAUUCAGUCACUGAUCUGAUGAAACUCUUCUGUCUGUUCUCACCACAUUUCAUGUCCGUUACUUUGAUUUCUGGAGAACCUGAACCUUUCAAAGCUUCACAGGUUUAUCUGAAGAGUGGAAAUAUAAAAAUCUCAAGUUUGAAAACAUGAGAUUCUCAGAUUAUUGGUGUUGGGUCCCAAACAGUGGACCAAUCAGUUGUGUGCAACAGUGUUGCCAAGGCAACCGUCUGUCCUGCAGGAGGCGCUGUCUGCUCUGAAGCUGUCGGAACAGGAGGUCAACCACAUCAUCAACUCUCAGCUCCUCCCUCUGAUUGGACGACGGCAGAGUCAGGAUGAAGAGCGAUUGGCUGCUUUAGACGUGUGCUGUGACUUGGCGGCCCGUCACGCUCUCCGCCUCAGCAGGUGUGUUUUCGCUGUGAUGCAAGCAGCGGCGUUGCUAUGGGAGAGGCACAGCCGCAGGUUGGAGAGGAGAGAAGAAGAAGUGCGGCAACAGCUGGACGAACUGAGACGCUCACAGCAGCAGCACAUACAGGAGCAGAAGGUUGGCGUGGACGAGCUGUUGGGUCGCCUGAGGCAGGAGAGCAGCGAAGACAUUCUGAAGACGUCUCUGGACCAAACCAUCCUCCACCUGCAGGACAUCACGGACAGUUGCAGACGGUGUGUCUCUGCUCAGUGUUCUGUGUUGGAUUCUGUUCCAUCUCUCUUCAUGGAGGAACUGUUCUCCUACAGCAGCAGCAUCAGCUCCUUCUACCAGCUCAGACACACAUACCCACCGAGUCCAGAAGAACUGCAGAACCUCCAUCUAUCAAACUCCACCUGCCAGGACCACCAGGACCACCAGGACCACCUGGAACACCUGGAACACCUGGACCACCUGGACCACCUGGACCCGGGUCAGUCUGCCUCCGUUCAGCCUCAGACUCUGGAAGUGAUCCAGCCCAAAACACUGAAACCAGGGAUGACUGAGAAACAUCCAAUCAGCUGUCAGAAUGAUGUAGGUCCCGCCCAGGACUCUCAGGAUUGGCUGACUGAGGCAGAGACCUCCCUAAUGGAACUCUGUGACAUCAGCACCUAUGUCACCUUUACAUCAUCAAGAGGUGUGGCCUACACUGGCCCCGCCUUCAGAUGCCCCUCCCCUGACCUCCCAGACAGCCUAAACCCACCUGAGACAGCACACCUGAACCUGUUCCAAGAGCUGCUCACACGCGCACUGAGCAGGACCCGCACUCUGUUCCUCGAUCACCUGGAGCAGCGUUUCCACGACGUCCUGAGCUCAGCCGUUGUCAUGGUGACAGAGAUGAAGGAGGCGCUGCGCUCAGAGCAGGAAGUCCAGCUGCAGCAGCUGAAACCAGAACACGUCCACGCCCACAUCUAUCUGCAUCGCCACGCGGAGCUGCAGCGGCACCGGCGGCUGGUGGACGUCCACUGUGAGGACGUGUUGGACAUGCUGACCUCCUGCAGGACGGAGCUGCAGCAGCUGCAGGCCUCCAUCAGCAGGAAGAACCAGGACUUCACCACCACCCUGUCCAUCAUGGAGGACGCCGUCCAGACGGCCGACAGGAGCCGAAGUCUGGAGGCCCUUAGCUCCGCCCUGCAGGACCGUCUGGACCAACAUAUCAAAGAAACCCAGCAGCAUCAGAGCAGCUUCAGACAGACGGUCCAGGUCCGACUGGAGGAGGCCAGAACCAGAACCACCCAGCUGCUGAGCUCCUUCAGAUUGUUCAGUGAAGGAGGAGAUGUUGCUCCUCAGGAGUUAAGGACGUUCCAAAGGAGGCUGAAGGAGGAGACCAGGAGGAUCAGUGUGACUGAGGCAUCCAUCUUCUCAGAGCUGGAGAUGUUUGAGUCCAGGAGUCUGCAGCAGGUGAAGGAGGUGUCGGCUCACUUUGAGGAGAAUCUGUCCUUCCUGAAGUCUGAGCUGGAAUUCACAGAAAAAGUCCAGAAGAUCAGGAGCACAAAAGUUCACAUCAAAUCAGAGGCAGCCAGCAGUAACCAGCAGCAGUCUUUGAUCAGCAGCACGUUGGAGGAUCUGAGGAGAAUGAUGGAGUCCACACAGGUGUCUCCACAUCAGGUGUUUCCUCUGCUGUCAUCAGUCAGUGAGGAGUUCAGGAAGCACUGUCAGUACCUGGAGCUGGACUCUGCUCUGCAGGAUGUUCUCAGCCCAUCCACCUGUCCUAAAGUCGUGAAGCAAGUACGUCCGGCUCCGCCUCCUGGCUUACUGCAGCCCAGCAGGACAAGUGUGGACCUUCUGGACGACCCCGUAGUGGACGUCAUCAAGUCCCUGAACAGGUUGGCUGAGGACAGCGACCAGAGAGGAGCUGCAGGUGAGAGUCCUGUCCAGCAUCAGCAGUCCGUCAGCGUGCUCAGUGUGAGGAGGAGCUGCAGGUCCAUCAGGACGGACAGAAGGUUCCAGAUGUUUGGACCCAAACCAGAAGCACAACUAACCCCAUGCUCCUUCAGCUCCUCAGUGAAUUCUCUGCUGCAGAAAACAAACGACGACCUGCUGCUGCUUGCUGAGGACUUUUACUGCAGCCAUCGUGUCACAAGGUCUCAGCGACUUCCUGGCUCUGUGGACCAAUGGGCCGACAGCAUGCAGCAGAGGCUGCUGGGAUACCAGGAAGAAGCCCAGAGGUUUCUGAGCAUGAGCAGAGAGGAGGCGGUGCAGCAGCGUUCUGUGUUGGGGCAGCUGCUGCGUUCCUUACCUGCAGUUCUGAUCCAUAACCACGAGCGACAACAGGAGGCGGAGCUUAGAGAAGAGGUGGGCGGAGUCAGGCAGCAGUUGGAGGAGACGCUGGCAGCCAGCGAGAAAGAGAAGGGUGUGUGUGUCUCUCGGCUGCGGGCGUCCUUCAUUGCGGUGGAGCUCCAGACUUUGGUCAACAGGGAGGAGCAGCGACAGCAGCAGCUGCUCAGUGCCACCUGCAGCACACACCUGAAGAUACAGGAGUGUGUGCGAGUCAGAGGGGAGGAGUUUGUGACAUCACUGGAGUCUCUGACGGAGAAGCUGCAGUGUGAGUUCAACAAGCUGCUGACGCCUGCAGGAAGCAAUGACAGAGUUGUUACCAUGGAGACAGGAGCUGAAACAGGAAGCAGGUGCAUCAUGGGACAUCUGAGUAUCACUGAGCAGAAAGAAGCUGCUGUGAAGCGGUUCCAGCAGCUGAUCAGCUCAGAGUUGUCACUUUCAGAUGAUGACAAACGAAGACAACUGAGUGAACAACAAACCUGGAACACACACUGGAGAAAAGAGAUACGCACUCGGAAAAGCACACACCAACAAUAACACACACUCACACACACAUUCAUGUCUGCAUUACCAAGAGUGGUCCAUCUAGCAUAUCUACCAACAGGGGCCCAGUGGUUCUGAUUAUUUUCAGAAAUAAAACAUCAGUUAAAAUCAAAAUGUACUUUUUCAUAAUAUAAUUGCAAAUGAGCAUUUUUGUUAAUUGAAAGUAAAACACCAAAUGGGGACUGAAUGCCCUAAACGAUGUCUCCUAUCAAACAGGUAGUCUGAAACAGAACUGUGUGUGAGCACAAAGUGAAUCAGUGCUGAGGCUUUAAAAAGUGUAAGUCUAAAGUUUGAAACAUUCUGAAAGGUAGCACACACUCUAAAGCACACAGACCAACAAUAACACACACUGGACACAACAGACACACUCUGAUACACACAGACCAACAAUAACACACACUGGACACAACAGACACACUCUAAGGCACACAGACCAACAAUAACACACACUGGACACAACAGACACACUCUGAUACACACAGACCAACAAUAACACACACUGGACACAACAGACACACUCUGAUACACACAGACCAACAAUAACACACACUGGACACAACAGACACACUCUGAUACACACAGACCAACAAUAACACACACUGGACACAACAGACACACUCUAAAGCACACAGACCAACAAUAACACACACUGGACACAACAGACACACUCUGAUACACACAGACCAACAAUAACACACACUGGACACAACAGACACACUCUAAAGCACACAGACCAACAAUAACACACACUGGACACAACAGACACACUCUGAUACACACAGACCAACAAUAACACACACUGGACACAACAGACACACUCUGAUACACACAGACCAACAAUAACACACACUGGACACAACAGACACACUCUGAUACACACAGACCAACAAUAACACACACUGGACACAACAGACACACUCUGAAACACACAGACCAACAAUAACACACACUGGACACAACAGACACACUCUGAUACACACAGACCAACAAUAACACACACUGGACACAACAGACACACUCUGAUACACACAGACCAACAAUAACACACACUGGACACAACAGACACACUCUGAUACACACAGACCAACAAUAACACACACUGGACACAACAGACACACUCUGAUACACACAGACCAACAAUAACACACACUGGACACAACAGACACACUCUGAAACACACAGACCAACAAUAACACACACUGGACACAACAGACACACUCUGAUACACACAGACCAGCUGACAUGAAGGCAGUAGCUAAUUGUCUGUUGUCGCUGUUUGCUGUAUUGUCAUCAGUUUGUUAAUAAAGUUAAUCUGAACUCCCUUUUCAUCUCCAUCAACCCUCAUCAUGAUAAAUCCUACUUCAUCCCCUACAGCUGGACCACUGCAGUAUUUCAUCUGUUUCAUGUUUCUGUACCUGUCCGUAUCCUCUCAGUGUAUAUGUUCUUAAAACGUGUGUCGUCUAUAGAUACAAAUAUGAAAGAAACUACUGUUGAUCAUUACAAACAUGUAUUGCUGACAGUAAUAGUCUAAGAACUCCUGAAUUGAAAUGAAACACAAUGCAACUGAAGCAGCCAUCACAGAGCAACACAAAUGUACGAGGGGUGAUUGAUAAGUUCUGAGCCUGACCAAGAAAAGACACUUUGUUAAUGAAAACCUUUAGUUCUCUGAGAGAGCAACAUGUCAGAAGAGUUUGAGUUCAGUUUUGAACUCAAUGUGUGUAUUCAUGGAUGUAUGAUAGUAAAGUAGAGUGAGGUAGGUCAUUCAAGCAAAAUGGACCCAAUUGGUGACCGUGCUGUGAUCCAUCAAUUGACUAUCAACGGGCAAUAUUAUGCUUCCCUGGUACGCCAACUGAGGGAGAAAAUUAAAGAAAAGCGCCGUGGAAUGUUCAGACGUGGUGUCCUGUUCCACCAGGAUGAUGCUCCGGUUCACCAGUCAGUUGUCUCCAUGGCUGCCAUUCAUCAAUGUGGCUUUGAACUCAUGCAGCAUCCACCUUAUUCCCCAGAUUUGGCUCUGUCUGACUUUCAUCUUUUCCCAAACAUGAAACGGCACCUUGCUGGGACCCACUACGCCACAAACGAUGACAUCAUAGCUGCGGUAAACGACUUCCUACAGGAUAAGACCUUCUAUGAGAACGGGAUCAAGGCACUACAGAGACGCUGGAAGAAAUGUGUGGACUUGCAAGGGGAUUAUGUUGAGAAAUAAAGCAUUGUUUGAAUUUACUUUUAAUUUUUUCUUGGUCAGGCUCAAAACUUAUCCCCCUCGUACAUGAACAAAAGAUGCACAGCGUGGCUGGGGUCUGCAUGGACCCUGAUCGAUUUUUCUAUAUAAACACCACAAACCUGGUUGGAAUAAAAAAAAAGCUUUGGUUUAUGUGAUGGCAACUAUGUGAGUAACAACUGACUGAAGGGACUGAGAAAUCCAAGUUGUAACUAAAAAAAUAUGACAACUUAUACACCUGUGAGGUCUGCAGGUGUACUGAUGAGGGUUAACUGAGUUUGAUACCAUGGCAACAUCACGACAAAAUUCAUCCUGGUUCUAAAAUCUGCUUGGGGCAACCAAAUCAGAUUUUUAAAACAACUAGGAUCAAGCAGAGCUUCACAUCCAGCUUUGUUCCAGUAAUCUGAAGUCUUUCUCUGGUUGAACAUCAGUUCCAUCAUGUAAUAAGUCUGCAGAAACAUUUAUCAGUACAUGUGAGCGCACGCUUUCCUGACACUUCAUUCUAUGAUGUUCUCUGUCUGGAUGGAAAUCACAACUUCUUCAAAAGCAGUUUGGUUUGAUGAAGGUUCAUUCUGGAGCUACAACUAAUAAUUAUUGUUUUCUGGAUGAAUCGAUCAGCUGUUUGGUCUCCACAAUAAAAUAGUAAAGAAAGUAGA